CCACUGGGGGCGCUGUAGGUUGUGUGCGCGCAUCCCGCCAGCCGUCAGCCAUCUGCCGCAGUCAGUUAGCUCAGCUCCAGCGGGAAUGGAAAAUGGAGGACUGAACCAAGAAAAAACGAGGACAAGUCGUCGUUAGUUUUAGCGUUGAUCCUGUGACCUUUGCCUAAGACUGAUGACUAAUGCCAAAAAGCCUUUGUUUGUUAGAAGAGCUUCUGGUAUCAUCUCUGCAGAACUGCAGGGGUUAGAGAGGGAGAUAACGACCAGAAGGAGCCAGCUCAAACCCAGACUGAGAAUGUGGCCCAAGAGAUGCUAGAAGAGCCACAUAAAUCAUCAAAGGUCAACACUGAAGUAAAAAAAACUUGGGGUUUCCGUCAGUCCACUGUUGCAAAGAGAGAGAUGCCAGUGGAGGCAACAGACAGUCCAAAUCCUGUACGUCGCAGUGGCAGGCAAUCGAAGCGCACUGACAAACUUGAGGAAUUCCUCUCCACUGCUAAAAGAGGGUCAAGAAGGAGUGCCCCUGCCACUCUUGAAAGUGGGGAUCCCCCUUCCCAAACUCCAACUGAUGCUGAAACGGCAUCUGAGGCCAGUUUUGAUGGUAGUGUUGAUGUUAAAACUGCAGAAGACAAUGUAGAGUCUCCGGAAAGAAAAACGAGAAGUGUCACAAGGAGACAGAUCCAGAGGAAAGGACGUGGAGGCAGACGAACCAGAGCAAGCCGGGGCGGGGCCGUGAAAGACGAUGGCAGCUCAGAGAACGAGGAAGACUGCAGAGGAGAUGAUGCUACGACGCCUCAGGUAGAGACUAAAGAUGAGGAAAAGACUGAUGAGCAGAGUCAUCCAAGUCCUGCAGACGUGGGAAACAGUGGACAGCCUCAGUCAGAGCAGGACUCUGAGAACAAACAUGAUCAUGGAGAUAAUAACGAGAAAGUGGAGACAGACGAGACUGAAAAAGAUGACGAGGAGGAGGAGACGGACAAGCCUGCAGCGAUGCAAGUAAAACGUGGACCGGUCAGGACGUACAUCAACAAAAAGAGGGCAGCCAAUAAGAACACAACCCCUGUCAAAGCCCCUGUUACUGUCAACAGGGCUACCGCUGCAGUCAAAAAGGAAAACCAACCAAAAGGGGGCUUAAAGACACGCAAGACCCACAUACAAGAGGACAAUGAAGAUGAAAAUGACUCCUCCAUGUCCUCGUCAUCCUCAUCAUCAUCAUCCUCAUCAUCCAUUGAGUCUGACGAUGGUGGUUAUGAUCCAAACGCACUUUACUGCAUCUGUCGCCAGAAACACAAUAAACGGUUCAUGAUCUGCUGUGACCGCUGUGAGGAGUGGUUUCAUGGAGAUUGUGUGGGGAUCACUGAGGCCCGUGGACGCCUGAUGGAGAGAAAUGGAGAAGACUAUAUCUGUCCCAACUGCACUGCCAAGAAGAGCCAGGUGGUCAGACCAGCCACAUGUACUCUGUCUGCAAACGCUGAUACCGGGAAGCCCAAAGCCGAUGUUGCGUCUCCCACCUCUGCUACCCCUGUUCCUGCUGUCACCUCCUCUGAAACAGCCGAGAGAACUACUGUAAAGGUGUCCGAGGCCUCUGUACCCAGCUCUCAGGGUGCAUCAGUUCCUCCAUCCUCUACAUCUACUGCAACUGAAGAGAAGGCAGCAGAGGACCAGGGCAUCAAGGGGAGGAUAGAGAAAGCCACCAACCCAACUGGGAAAAAGAAGAUUAAGAUCUUUCAGCCGCAGGUAGUACAGCAGUCAGCUGAGCAGAAGGCAGCACCAAAGUCGGAAAAGACCGUACCGUCAUCAGAGCCCAAAGCGCUACCAGACACAGAGCAGAAAGUGGCAUCAAAUGUGGAGGUGAAAACCACACCGUCCACAGAGGAGAAGACAGCCCAGCAGAAGACGGAGUCUGUGCUUCCCAAAUGUAUUGGACCUGGUUGUGAAAACAACGCCCAACCAGACUCUGUUUACUGCGGCAACGACUGCAUCCUGAGACAUGCUGCUGCUGCUAUGAAGUCCAUUACUGAUGUGAAAGAGCCCAAGCAGAAGGACAAGGCAAAGACUCCGAAAGCCAAGUCUACACAUAAGAGGAGCUCCACUGAUGGAAGGAAGACAGCGAAGAAGACCCAGGAUGACUCUGAUAGCGAUGAAGACUACAGUCCUGAUCCAGAUGAUGAUGAUGAAGAGGAGCAUGCUGAGGAACAUCCGCCUCACCCGGCCACUGCGUCCUGGUCCAGUGACCAUAAUUACAUUGCAGUAACACCAGAAAAGACUUCAUCCAUAUCAUCAACAGUGUUAAACAAAAAGUCCCCGCAGAAAGAGGAGAAGCCCAGCGAGAAGGAGCAGAAAAUGAAGGAACCCACCCAGACACCAGAGAAGCCUUCUCCAGCAUCUACAACCCCAGCAAAGGCAAACAAGAAGUCCCCAGCUGCUAAAGGAACGAAGGUGUCCCCGAAGGGUAAGAAGCCUUCGCUUCAAUCCCCGAGCUCAAAGGCUUCCAAGAAACCUGCAGCACCCCCAAGUAAAGCUGCAGCAAAGUCCAAGAAGCCAGGUCCACCACCCGCCCAUGCACCGUCCCCCUUCCCUCCUGGUCCCAUCCAUGUCACAGGAGCCCUGAGGGUCACCAAGUCCAACUUUACCAUUCCAAAGAAGCAGCCGCAACACAAGGACACUACAUCCCAUAGUCAGUCAUCGUCGUCCUCGAGGGUCCCAUCGGCUCCAGUUUCUUCAGCUCCCUCCAGCCAAUCCACCUCCUCCAGACCACCCCAUCCAGGCGCAUCUGCACCCACUGUGUCCCCCAUGCCACCUCCACCCAACAACCAAAUGAGACAGAACAUCCGCCGCUCUCUGACAGACAUCCUCUAUAAGAGGGUGAGUGACAGUGAUGAUCUGAAAAUGACUGAGAGUGAGGUGGGACGGUUGGCAGUUGGUAUUGAGAAGGAGAUGUUCAACCUAUGCCUUAGCACCGACAGCAAGUACAAGAAUAAAUACAGGUCCCUCAUGUUUAACCUCAAGGACCCCAAAAACAAAGGAUUGUUCUACAGGGUGAUUGGUGGAGAGGUUAGUCCAUUCAGACUGGUGCGACUAAGUGCUGAAGAGCUGCUUUCCAAAGAGAUAUCUGAGUGGAGGAAGCCUGAAGCCCCAGAGACCCAGUCUCCAAGUGCUAGAGCACAUUCAGGACACAAACUGGGCAACAGGCAUGACUCCAGCUCCCACAGCAUGGACAUGGAAGACGCUCCACCAGCAUCUGAUGCAGAUGUAUGUAUCUCUGCCACCACUUCCUCUUCUCGCAUGGCUUCUGCUGCAGACCAAGACGAAGGUGGCUCCACUCCGUCAGUUUCAUCUCAGCCUUCCUCUGCGGAGGGGAGCAGCAUGCCAGAUAUUUUCAGCAGCAUGCUUAAAGACACCACUUCUGAACACAGGACUCAUUUAUUUGACCUCAACUGUAAAAUCUGCACAGGUCAGAAAGCAGAAGAUGAGCCAGCAGCGAAGAAAGCCAAACUGACCAAGAAACCAGAAACUAAACCACCAAGACCAGAGCUGCAUCCAUCCAGGUCAGAUGUUCCACCUGCAGGCCAACCACAAGUCCCAACACCCUACCAACACCAAGAUGCCUCAUCCUACCAAUCCAGCACGGAGCCAGCUGUCCCAGAGUCACAACCACAGCUUUACAAAGAUGACCUCACCAGUGUCACACCUCAGGCUGUGGCCCCUGCUGCUGUCACACCCACAGUGUCUUCCGUCAGCAUCACCCGCAGAGACCCACGCAUGGCCCGGCACAGCUCUGCUGUGACUGUGACCUACACAGCUCCAGAAAAACCUGCCAACAACUCAACAGAACCAGCACCAGCUGCUGUCACUACUCUUAUGGAUGUUGGACCCAAAGGACCCCUGCCGAUGCCCCCAGCUCCACCACCACCCAAAACUACUAAAACAAGUAUGUCUGAGCCUCCACCUGAAGGUGAAACGGCAAUCUUCCUCCAUGGUCAAGAAAAGAUCUGGAAAGGAUUUAUUAACAUGCAGUCAGUGGCCAAGUUUGUGACCAAAGCUUAUCUGGUGUCAGGAUCCUUUGAACACCUGAAGGAGGAUUUGCCCGACACAAUCUAUAUCGGAGGGCGGAUAUCUCCAAACACAGUGUGGGACUAUGUCGGGAAGCUGAAAACCUCACUCUCUAAGGAGUUGUGUUUGAUCCGUUUCCACCCAGCUACAGAGGAGGAGGAGGUGGCAUAUGUCUCUCUCUUCUGUUACUUUAGCAGCAGGAAGCGAUUUGGUGUUGUGGCAAACAACAACCGGCGUAUCAAAGACCUGUAUCUCAUCCCACUGAGCUCAAAGGACCCGUUACCCCCCAAACUUUUACCAUUUGAUGGGCCAGGACUUGAACCAGCUCGUCCCAACCUCCUCUUGGGGCUACUGAUCUGCCAGAAGGACAGGAAGCGUGCUGGUGCUCCACUGGAAACUGAAGAGAAGCGGACAAAAAGUCAAACCAAAGAUGCUGAUGAGGCUGGCCUUCCGAAGCCCGUCCCUGUUGGAAAAUCUGAAAAAACCACUCGACAGAGUCUGGAAAUUCCCUUCAGUACAACUCCUCCAGGAUCACCUCCGUCUAACUCCUGUGAGCCCCCAAGCAGCACUGCAGCAGCCUCCUCAGUCCUGUCCUUUCUGUCUUCUGUCAAAGCACCCGCAACAUCCAUGGCUACUGGCAGGGACUCUCCAUCUUCAUCCAGCUCUGUUAUGUCCUCAGCAGCAAAUAGUACUCCACUUCAGACCAUCCUCAAGACACUGUUUGGGAAGAAAAAGGACUCAGAGUCUUCCGACUCUCCAUCCGACCAGGGUGGGGAGCUCUCCGUGCCUCCUGUCACAAUGCUGGACCCAAUUGUGCAGCAGUUUGCACAAAGUUCUAAAGAAAAGCAGGUGGAGGAGGAUGAAGAUGACCGACCUUAUGACCCAGAAGAAGAGUAUGAUCCCAGUAGGGGCUACAGUUUGCCCAAAAAGACUCUAAGCAAACCUGAGAUCUCCAAGCCUGACGUAGCAACAGGUGAAGUUGAUGAUGUAGCUUAUGACCCAGAGGAUGACUCAAUUUUUGAUGAUGUCAAACCUUUAACAUCAGGUCAGGCUGGUGCUGAAAGUGUUAGUGAUCCACAGAAAAUCCUGGAGAGCCUUAAACAAAUUGGGGAUCAGACAUUCCAGAAACAAGGAGAACAGCAAACAGACACACUUUUAUCUCAACCAUCUAAAUCCCUUUUGGCCAGCAGUCAGCUCCUGCAACUGGGCAAAAAAGUGGAGGAGCUAGUAAAGUCAUCAUCAGUUGCUCCUUUGAUUAAUCAGAAAAGAGAUCCACGGCAGAGCAGAGAUCCACGGCAGAGCACAACAAGCAAAAAAGAGACCGAUGAGGCUGAGGAGGAAGAGGAGGAAGAAGAAGAAGAAGAAGAUCUUUGUACCUCCACACAGACUAUGGGUCAGGAGCCACCAGUGACUCAUGUAGCAGAACUGCCAGACACCUCACAAGGCUCAGAGACAAGAGUGCCUCAAGAGGAUGUGAAAAGUGAGACACUUCCUUUCAUGGAGUCUGACAAAGAUGAGGUGUUGAUUCCAUUGUUAGGAGAGGAGGUGGAACCUGAUAUGGAGGUCAACUACAUGGACGAGAAAGAGGUGAAAAGUGAGGAAGACGAGCCAGCUAAGGCUGAAACAGAGAUGGAUAAGUACAGUAUUUGGCCAAAUGCUGCCAGCAUUUUAAAAGCCACUGAGGUCUCAGACUAUGAGGAGCAGGACAGAGAUGUACCAUCUUCAGGGUACUACAGUAAACCAGUGACCUCCUCCAUAAUAACCUCUUCAAUCCCAGUUCUCACUCAGAGCUCCACAUUGGUCGAUACUCAGUCUCAUCACAUGCCACAUCGCAUUUCAACAUCAGACUUUGAUAGCGAGUACAGACCUCCACCUGACAUACCUGCACCAUCCACCUUCCCUCCCCCUGAACAAAUGCAGGGACAAAAUCUAAUGGCAAGGCCUCCCCCAAUGUCUCUGCAACCUCCCAUGCAAGGCCUUCCUCCAAUAGCAGGGCCCCCUCCGAUGCAGGGACCUCCCCCACCCAUGCAUGUUCCUCCCCCUGUCCGUGGUCCUCUCCCGAUGCAAGGAGUCAGUGGUCCGCAGUAUGGCCCACCUCCAGCUACAUACCCUCCUUAUCAGAACCAGUGGGCGGGGUCACAACCACCACCACAGCAGCAGCUGCCUCCUGGACCACCUCAGAACAUCAUGCCAGCCAGAGGUCCACCACCUCCCUUCCCUCCACUGGCUCAGAGAGGACCACCUCCUCAAAUGUUUGACUCUGCCAUGCCCCCUCAGCACAUUGUACAACAAGGUCCACCUCCAGGUCUUCCCCCUCCUCCCACUUUUGAUGGACAGAAUAGCAUACCCCCACCCAGAUUCACUAGUCCACCACCCCCAUUUAAUUUCCCUGGAAAUAGAGGUCCUCCUCUACCUUUCACAGCGCCACCUCCUAGUCAUUUUGAGAACAGGCUUCCUCCUCCGUCCCAUUUUCCAGGCUCUAGGGGUCCUCCACCAUCUCAGUUUGGCGACCAUGGCACUCAGCCUCCAAAUGCCGACCAACCUCGUGGUCCUCCAGAACAAUACAACAACGACACCCCCAACUCUUUCAAAUUGAAUGUAGAACAGCACCAGAGUCAAAACCCUCUCCAUAUUUAUAAAGACAAUCAAGGUCCCCCAUCCGGUCCAUCUUAUCGGGGACCUCCCAUAAAUCAGUAUGAGGACAGAAGAGGUCCACCUCCCAGUGGGGAGAUGGGUGGAGGACACUUCAAUCCACACAACCAGUAUGGAGGCUCCAGAUUACACUCCUCACCACCCCACCGAGGACCUUUUGAAGACCACAGAGGUCCUCCCCCUCAAGAAAAUCGAGCUCAGCCUUUUGGAGGAUCAGAGCGGUACCGCUUUGAUAGGCACUCAGAUGAGGCAAGACCUGUUCGUCAUGGAGGGGCACUGCUGCCCACUCCACCAGAGGCUCCCAUCGGUCCUCCAAGUCGCAUGGGAGGCCACAGUCCUGAUCUGCACAGGGAUGAUCACUGGCGCCGCCAUUCUCCUGAAAUGAGGAGGGGAGGAGUACUACCCGAGAGGACUCCGAACCCCGCAGUGGAGACCGCUUCAGUCGCUUUGAAGGAGGCCACAGAGAACCUCCUCCUUGUCCUCAAUCCUCUGAAGAUAGACAGAGGGAGCUGUCAGAGGACCGGCGGAGGGAAAGGGAGCGGGAGGUCCUCCACCCUGGAAGACCAUCCUGGGACAGGGUCAGGCCAAGAGGUGGAGCCGGGAGCAGGAGUGGGACAGAAACAGAGACAGGGACAGGGAGACAGAAACGCAGUCGUGAAAGAGAACGGAGUCGAGAAAGAGAACGCAGUCGAGGGAGGGAAAAUGAGAGGCACCGGGAGGCCGAGGGAGAACGGCACAGGGAUCAAGAAACCAGACAAGAGGAAGAGACAGGGAGAGGGACAGAGACAAGGAGAGGGAAAGGGACAAGAAAGGGAAAGAGAGAAGGAACGGAAAGGAAGAAAGGAACGGGAGAAGGAACGGGACAGAGCCAGAGAAAGAGACUGCGGGACAGGCGGGACCACGAUCGUGACAGAGGGAGAAAACCGUGACCGAGAACGGGAACUGAUCGGGAACGUGACCGAGAACGAGACAGGAGACGGGACAGAUCUCGAAGUAGAGACCCGAGAUCGGGACCAGGGACCGCGGAAAAGAACGACUUCGGGACAGAGACAGAGAACGGGACAGAGACAGGGAUAGGGACAGGGACAGAGACAAAGACAGAAGUCGCACAGAAAGUAGUAGAAGCCGAGAAAAGAGAGAAGACAAGAAGGACAGUAAACACGAGACACUCAGAGAAUCUGAAAAGACUUUGAAAAUGACAAAAAUACAUCCUAGUCUCUGUUCAGUGGACUCUGAGACACUCUGCCCAUUAAAUGAAUGAGUGUCAGACCGAGGGGAUGGACAGUAUUUCAUCAAACUUCCACCUUUGUAUUCUGUCAAUUUAGGGUUUAUACUUUUUUUAUCAUGUUGGACAAAACUGAAGGCCAUCGAAGUGGUUUGGUACAGGAUAUCUGGGUAGGCCAAGUCCCAUUACAUGUACCUUUCUUCUAUCAAGUGAUUUUUUUUUUUUUUAAAAGAAACCAUUAUGUAACUGAUUUAACACAAUUUAGAACAUGUAAAUAUGAAUGUCUAUGGUAUAUACUGAUGUUUUAAUCAUACUUUCUAAGUAGAGAGAGUAAAGCCAUAUAUCUGAGAUGGUUAAUGUGAAAGUUAAAGAAACACUGUUCCCAACUGUGGCCAUUGCACGGUAUUUUGUGUUUAUAUGUUUAGCAGCUUUGAAUGGAAAGGCUCCGCCUACCUGCAGUAUAAACCCAUCAAUGGUUGGUAAUUCAAUGUCCUGAUUUUCUUUCAACUCAACAAUUAAACCCGUUUGAUUACAUUUA